AUGUAAUUUAAAAUUUUAGAGCAAAACAUAAAACAAUUCGUUUAAUUAAAAAACUCGAAAAACAUUCUCUUAGUAAGGCAUGGAUAAACAUUAGGAAAUUAUUCAGGCACAUUAACCGGAUGGACAGAUACUAAAUUAACUUUAAAAGGCCGAUAAUAAUCACAUUAAUUAUUUUAAAGCUUUCAUUCAAAUAUAAGUAAUUUUACAUCAAUAAAUUCAUCAGAUUUAAGUAGAGCAAUUGAUACCUGUCAAAUAGCUUUAGGUUUCUUUGAUAAAAAAAAUAUUACUUAAGACAAAUUAUUACGAGAAUUAAAUUUUGGAAAAGAAGAAGGAAUUCAUUUUGAUUCUCUUUCUGAAUAAAGAAAAUAAUUAGUUAAUAAUAUUGAUUUUAAAGCAAUAGAAGGAGAAAGUUGGCAUGAUGCAAGAAAAAGAGCAAUUUAAUUUUUUUAAAAGUUACCUUUGGGUAAUCAUUUAGUUUUUACUCAUGGUGGACUAAUGUGUUCUUUGACUUGGUAUAUUGGAAUAUAGGAUGCUUAUCCUAAUUGCUCUGCUAUUGCAAUUGAAUUAGAUAAUGAAAAUUCUGAACCUAAAAAAAUUAUUUUCGAUUGGAAAUUUCCUAAAAUAGAAGAGGAUUUGUGA